CGUUUGCAGUCGCUGGAAAUUGCGGUCGUUCCGUCUCGGUGGAAAAUCGCGGGUGCGCGUGUAAAAUACCUUCGGUUCGGUGCUGUGUCCUGUCCGUUUUGUGCAUUCCAUCGGGAAAUUGUGUACCGCGUGUUCUCCGGGAGGAUCUGGGUGGCCGAUGCUCGUGCGGUUUGCGGUUUUCUGGUGGACGGAGUCGUGAAGGAGCCGCCGGAAACGACCUCAACAUGAUAAGUGCAAUCGUUUCGCGCCUGGUGAUACUGCUGUUUGGCACACUUUAUCCGGCCUACGCCUCCUACAAGGCGGUGCGCACCAAAAAUGUCAAGGAGUAUGUCAAGUGGAUGAUGUACUGGAUCGUAUUCGCCUUCUUUACCUGCAUCGAAACAUUCACCGAUAUACUGCUGUCAUGGUUCCCGUUCUACUACGAGAUUAAGGUCAUCAUCGUCCUGUGGUUGCUCUCGCCGGCCACACGUGGCAGCUCGACGCUCUACCGCAAGUUCGUCCAUCCGAUGCUGACACGGCGUGAACAGGAAAUCGAUGACUACAUCAAUCAAGCCAAAGAGAAAGGUUACACCGCGGUACUGCAGCUCGGUUCGAAGGGUGUCAACUAUGCCACCAACGUGAUCAUGCAAACGGCCAUUAAGGGUGGUGGUGGACUGGUUCAAACGCUACGCAAGAGCUACAGCUUGAGCGAUCUUUCGGAACCGGAUACCCAGCGAACACAGGAUGAAGUUGACGAGAUUGUCCCCCGGUCACAGCGUGUAUUGCGCUCGAAGAGCUCCCGCUCUUCGUCCGGCAACCGGCAGAUGGAUAUGUACUUCCCAGAAGUGGAAAUCGCCGGAACACCUUACCAAGGUGCCGCGGCUCCGCCAUACAACUACAUUCGAUCGUCGGAUGAUAUCAGCUCGGGAUACUCGAGUGCUGAACCAGGACUCAGCCGAACAGCUUCGAUGAGUAACACCGCCCGGCCACGGCUGAAAUCGAAAACACGGGAGGAUGAUUACGAGAUUGACGAUGGUAGGUUUGACUACUAUGACCGUGAGGGCAACAAUAGUUAUGCAUUCGGUGGUGGCCCUCCGCGAGCCAGUGUCUACGAAUUACCGGUAAAUGGUUCACUGCCAGCCAUUACGCAGGCUGGGGAAACGUUUAUCGCUCAGCAACGAAUCUCUGCUGGGGCCGCGCCCAUUUACUCCAAUGCUUCCCAGUCCCAGUUUGAACCAUCGCUAGCUAAUGUUCCGCUCGAAGAGCGUGAAAAGUAUCGGAAAUUCCUUCAGUGGAUGGAGCAACAAAAGCGCCAGGAGAUGACCGAUCGCGUUGAGCAGGUUCCCAAGGAGCAUGCCGAGCCAAAAGCGACAGAAGUAGUUGAUGUUCCAACAAAUGCCGUAGAAAGGGAGGAGAAUCCAACACUGUUGCAAGUGACCGACAACGAACUGGGUGAAUCUAUUAAAACGGGUGAAGUGAUCACGGAACGGUCGCAAACGGUGUACGACGAAUUCCAGGACACCAUUUCUCUCUCGUCAAACGACGAAGAUGAGUUUCAGGAGGUAGAAUUGAUCGAGCAAGAGGUGCCAUCGGCAGAAGUGACAGAGAACAAAGUUCCUACGGAAAAUAACGUUGAAGUCCAGGAAUCUACUGCGGAUGAUAGUGUCGCUUCGGAGCUGCCUCGUUCAGACGCUCUAUCGAAACCUGUUGGAGACAUAGACGUUGUGCCGACUGUUGUGCACCAGGAAGCUUCAGUUAUCAUCUCAGAACCAACCACAACGGAUGAAAACCUACCAGAGAGCGCAGAUGCUCCAGAAACAGCUGCAACAGAUGAGAAACCAGUUUCCGAUGCGGAUAAGCGCAUGGAAGAGGUACCAUCGAGUAUCUCCACUUCGGAAACAAAGAGCUCGUUGUCAGAGUUAUUAGCUCCAGUACAAGAACCUCCAACGUUGCUGGAAUGUCCAGCGACCAAUUUGGCUUCAUCGACAUCGUCUUUGGCUCUCUCAGAGUGCAGUGGAAGUAGUGGUCCUAUUGCGCAACCCCGAAAGCAUGCCUCCUUUGGCAAACAACGUAUGGCACCUCCGGUACCUCCUCCUCCCGUGCCGCCACAACCGGCCCCGGAAAUGUUGGUGAUCCGUGAGCGAUCGGCUGUCACGAAAACAACCUUAGCAACUCCCCCGGUUGCUCCUAGUAGAUGCCAAUCGGCCGAAAGAAAACCAACGAAUGUCGUGGCAGAUUCCUCGUCCUCCUCUCCUUCGGUGUCUCCAUCCGAUAAGACCAAAUCGAAGAAGUUCAUGAGCUCAUUGACGGGAAUGUUUAAGGGACACGGUAGCGAUGGUAUUGGCGGUAGCAAUCGUGCUAGAGACGCUUCUCCGCUUCCAUCGUCCACUACGGCCGGCGGACAUCCGAGAGAAACGCAAAUCUAAACCGAUCGACUGAUCGCUGGCAUGUGGAAGGAAAAGAUGUCGGCCAGCUGCACAACUCUACCGCGCACCAAGAAACCAGAAAAGGUCCCAAAGACGCGCUCGAAGACGGAAAAACCAUCGAUUUAGGUACCACGCACACCACGGCCACACGUUUCGGUGAUACCUUCAACCAAAUGAGUUUAGGAAGAACCACACCCCUUCCCUAUCCCAGCUGGUUGUGGUGGUCUAGUGUGUUGCCUCUUUUUAUGCUAAUUUGUAAAACCUUUUGCAACGACAUUGGCAAAACAGGGCUUCAAUCAGAAUGAGCGUGAGCGUUUACUGUGAACGGGAUGGAUGCAGGAAAAGACUUAGUGUUUUCUUCACCUAUAACCAGAACGCGCUUUCGCUAAAAGAAAGAAGAAUGUUAUCACGACUAUGUAGUGUCCACCACCUUCCCACUUGACUAUCUUUCCCGUUGCAGUAUGUAUCCACGAGCAUAAAGCAUUUAUAAACAAAACCAAGUGAUUGAGCUCAGCAGUGGGAGGUGAAGGUUCGUGCAGGAAAUAGGAUGCCAAAUGAAAAGCAGAAGAGUAAGAAAGUGUAAUCGUGUGUGUGAAUCGAUAGAUGGAUAGAUAGGUGUUCUUUGGAUGAAACGGACUCAGUCGAUGCAUGAUGCUGUAAAGAUAAGAAAAGUGUUACGAUCUAACAACUCCUAGCUUAUUGGUAAUUUAUUUGGAUUUCACUUUCGUCAUGAGUUUUUUUUUCGUUAAUCGGACGACUGAAGGCCACUGAAGAAAGAUUUCAAACUUCAAUGAUCUCUGUUAUGUUUGAGUGUGGAUCGAAUGCCUGUUCUUUAUUAUUUUUUGCUUGGCAGAAACACGCUUUCGUUCCACAUCACAUCACAUAUCUGCACCACCAUUUUUAUGUGUUAUUUUUCUUCACUUCAUUUACAUCGACAGUAGGAGAAAUCAUUAUUCUUGAAACAUUAAAGCUAUUUGAAUGUCGUGCGAACCAUGGUCAGUAAUACGUUAGAAUGCGGGAUACCUGGGGAUGCAACGUAGACGAAUCCGAUAAUUACAGGAAGUGUGCUUCAAAACGAAGAGUGUAGUUAGUCUAAUGGAAGGUUAGGAGAACCGAAACGAUAGGUAACGAGGAGUAUCGCCGUAUCUGCUCCAGAGCUCUAUAUUGGUUAGAACGAAAACAGAAUUAUGAAUCUCCCUUCAAUCGUGAAAGACUUUUACGCAAGUUAGGUUAUCAAUGUCCCGAACAUGAAUGCAAUAUGGACAAAAAUGAUGAGUUGCUGAUGUAACGAUGAGUUCAGCGAUGAAGAGUAUGUGAUGCAAAGUGUGGGAAUCGAUUCGAGAGCAAACAUAUUAUUCAAUCACGAAUAAACUAUAAUGUUGUAGUAGUUCCAUGGUUUAAUAUAUCCUUCCACGUUCCCAUACUCCUCCUUUCCUAAUAGAACGUACAUCUGACUAGUUUCCCGUUGUCCUUCUUUUGCGCUCCGGCGAAUCAGGCCGUCGCUGCUCAAUACGAGGCCAAUAAAGGAUAAUGCGAAUGCUCUACUGCA